AUGCAUGAAUAUGCUGCCAUCAUCAUUGUUGCGCGCAUUGUCAUGCUUGCCAGCAACAGCAGGGCAGCGGCUAUGGGGCAGGAGUUGAGGCUGUGUCCCCUGGUGGAUCUCUCCUUCAUGGGGCUGACAUGCGUCGAGGAGGCGGAGCUGAUGGAGCCACGCACCGACUGCACUGGUUCGCCGCCACGCACAGGACGGUCUGGUCGCUACCUCAGCCCUGCCCUCAGGCUGGCCAACAACUGCCUGCGUGACGCCAGCGGCGUGCGACAACUGGCGGACACGCUGCUCGAGACGCCGCAGCUCCUCACUUGGCUCGACCUCUCCUUCAACAGGCUGGAGUCGGUGCCGGUGGACGAGCUGAUGGGACUGUCGAGUCUGCGCACGCUGUACCUGCAUGCCAACCGCCUGGACGGCUUGGAGCAGGUGGCGGGGCUGCGCAGCUGCGACGGCCUGAGGAGCCUCACGCUGCAAGGGAACCCACUGUGCGCGACACCCGACUACCGGCAGGGCGUGCUGCAAGCCAUCCCGCAGAUCACGUCUCUCGACUUCUGCCGUGUGCUGCCGUCAGAGCGCACGCCACAGUGGAGCUCCGUCUAGGAGAUGCCCUUUACUCGAAAUUACAGUAAAAGGUGAUUCCGUUGGUGGCCUAUUCAAGAUAUCAUGCUAAUAUCAUGAUAUUUCUUUACAACUCUCUACAUAGCCUGAAUAUGUACCAAAAUUAAUUAAAUAAACUUAACCUAAA